AUGGACAGUAUCAAAGAAUUUCCGAAAAAUGAAGAAACGCGAAUAUCAAUGAUUGAUGAAGGUGUUGUCGAUGCCAAAUCGAUAGAGCUAAUGAAAAAUUCCGGAAAUGAAAUUCAAGUAUUAGCUAUUAUGUAUGCUGUUAAUGCAUGUAACUUAUUGCUUGUGUUUGUGAAAGCUGUCGCUGCUUAUUUGGCAUGCAGUUUCUCGAUAAGUACCUCCGCUAUUGAAAGCUUUGGUGAUGUCUUUGUUGGUGCUCUUUUGCUGAUACAAACAUGGCUGGAUAUGAAUGUGAAAAAGGCUGAGUAUCCUAGAGGAAGAUGCUCGGAUGCUAGUUCUGAUCUGGUUGCAUCAGUCGUUAUGAUGACCUUAGCCUCCGUUAAUUUUUUAAUUAGUUUUGAUCAUUUGGUCACAGGAAGAAUUAAUCCAGAGUUCAGUUUAGUUCAUAUCUCGAUUGUUGUUCUUAACAUUAUAACUAAAGUGAUUCUAUUAAUCAUAUGCCGAUUGAAACGAGAGAAUAAUCGUAUUCACGUAUUGAUGCUUGAUCAGUGGACUGACGUGAAAACCAACUCGAUUGCACUUAUUUCUGUGUGUGUUGCACAUUUUUAUUGGAAGAAGUUUGACUUCAUUGGAGCUGCUAUCAUUUUCUUUUUGAUUAUUCGAAAUUGGCAGAAAAUUGUUCGAUCUGCAUGGUUCAAAUUGCAAGGCGUUCGAGGAAACUCAGCAGCUAUCGAAAAAAUAAGCGAAGUAAUCAAUAUGAAUAUGGAAAAUAUCAACCAUUUUUCGGGAUUCUUAUCGUACCAUCUUGGAUACGAUUGCAUAGUCGAACUGCUCCUGGUGAAUUCGAAAGUCCAGAAGCACAUUGUUCAAACCAGGAAGAAACGCAAAAUUCAAAGUUAA